AUGGUGAGAAAAAAAUAUAAAGAACAUCUGGGCACCAAAGAAUUAAAUCCUGAUAUUAAAGAUAAACUAAAGCAAGUCAUUGAUAAAUAUCUUGAAGAACUUGCUCAAUCUCAGGUUGAGAUUACAGUUUUAACAGAUAUCAAAACAGAAGAUGGCAACAAAGAAAAUAAUUCUAUCAAAGAUAUCAAUGUGAACUGUCAAAAUAUCGUUGAUUCGAAAUCUACCACUAACAUAACAAUCAAAUCAGAACCCACUGAUGUGAAGUUCAGUGACUCAAGGGCAAUCAUGUCCCCACCAAAGAAACGUAUUCCCAGAACUGUAGAUAAAAAAGAAGCGCCAAAACGAAAUAUGAAAUUUGAGGAUGUUAUGUCAGCAGUUCAAGAUUUCGAUGCCAUGUCUGGUUUGGAUGAACCAUCUGAUGCUAGUUCAGACUUUGAUAUGCUGCAAAAAUUAUCUGGGAAAUCAAAUGAAGAGGUUUCGGAGUCUGCUUAUGAAGCGGAAUCAGAAACUGAUCAGGACAAAACAUUGACAUCUAAACCUAAAUACUUCACACCCAGACGGACCCAUUUCGAAUACAAGCUUUCUGACAGUUUAAAUGACAGUCUAGGGGAAAUAACUCCAGUUAAACGUGGUAUUAUAAGUGAUAAUGAAUUGGAGGACAGUCCAGUUUUGGCAAAAAAAUCCGCUAAACGUAAAAAUCUGAUGUCAGAAUCAGGCAGUGAAAGUGAUAAUAAUGCUUUAAUGAUAGAUCUUCCAACAAUAAGCUCAAAACAUGGACAUAAUUCAAACACUACAUCAGUCAAUAGUGCUCAGAAAAGUGUCGCAAAAACUGAUAGUUCUCAAAAUGACGAGCAUGAUGUUUCUUCUUUAUCUGAUAAUGAACCGCUCUCCAAGCGAUUAAAGGGGGACGACUCUAUAACUGAAUCCGAUGAUACAUUCCUUCCAGGGCCAAAAAUUGGGAAGAAAAAGGGCAAAUCACCAGCUAAAAAACUUCUUUUAAAAAUAAAACGUGUUCAUAAUAAUUCAUCAGAUGACAAUGACUAUAAUUAUGAAAUUUCGGAAUCCAAUGACGAAGAAAGGACCCGUAAAAAUCAGAAAUCAACUGUGCCUAGUACUGACAGUGACGUCAUGCUUGUGUCACAUGAAGCUGUCGUGCAUCAACUGUUGUCAAAUACAGACACAGAUAGCAAUGUUAGUGGUCCGGUAAAAAGACAGCGCAAAAAUAUUACUCCUGCUGUAGUUAUUGAUUCUGAUGAUGACACAAGCAGCACUGCCAUUGAACCACUUCCUGUUUCUAUUGGUAGAAAAGUUAAAAAUAAAAAACCUCCCAACAAAAAGGUAGGAUUGUGGUAUGGUUAUGAUCCGUUUCUUGAUUAUUCUGAUGAUUUUGAUAGCAACAGUGAGUUGCACCCCAUAGCUGUUGAAAGAGUAUCUCAUGUUGUUGAAUCUGGCAAGCCUGCCAGAUCAAAGACAGCUGUCAAGAAUCCUGCCACACCAGACGAUAAAGAGUUGAAAUUCCUGCGACAGAUUUGUAGAAGUCUGGGUAUUGUGUUAAGAAAUACUAAAGAAUUAUUAGGAUGUACCACUAGUGCUGAAAAGGUUACUCGUAUUCGAGAACUACUGGAAAAUGCAGGGAUGGAAGGUGAGCCUACUAUGAAAAAAGUACAAGUCUUAAAGUUACAAAAAGAAGUAAAUGAAUUAAAUGAACAGAAUGAAAAAUUAAAUGAUGAACCUACAAGAGGUAGACCUAAAAGACUGGCUCAAACUAAGCUAGCUGAACGUAAAAAGUCACCCUAUGUACAAGAUAGUUCUAUGUUUGAUGGUUUAGAAGAGAUAUUUGAUGAUGAAGGUUCAGACUGA